AUGAGCGCCUCGGCUGAUGUGUAUCGAGUCUUACAAGUGGAUGAUGAAGGAGGACAAGGCUCUAGCGGAAAGCGUAUUAGUGACCUCUCUGGUCCACUGGCUCAAGGGAACUUUUCGAUUUUUUACAUGUCGAUUUAUCAAACAGAUUUUGUAUUGGUGAAAGAAAGACGUUUGAAGCAGGCAGUACAGCUACUGCAGCAACAUGACUUUGAGUUCGAUCUAGAGUCUGUAGACCAAUAUUUAGGCGGAUCGCCACCACCCAUGUACCCAUCGGAAAAGGAUAAACUUUCAUUAGAGAGUGAUACAUCUCUUUUACUUGAAGAUGCAUUCGAAAGAUCCGUCUUGUCUGACGAGCUUCAGUGUGUUGGUUUAAAUCCCCAUUAUCGGUCGGACUGGGCAAUGACCGUGCUCAAAAUCUUAUCUUACCCUGAAUUGAUCAAAUCUGAUGAAAUCAGUGAUGGUAUAUCUCUCAUCGCUAAUCAACACAUUUUGAAUCUUUUUGACUCGGAUGUCAUUUUCCAAGAUGAAGCAUCCCAAACUUAUCGCGUAAUACAAGUCAAUUUAGCUGGAUCUAAUUUAGACCGUUGCGGUAUCGUGUGGUCCAUCUCGCAUCCUUUGGCUGCCGAGGCACAUAUCAAUUUGUUAUAUCUCAGUACAUACAAAAGCGCCAACGUUUUGGUCUCUUCCGAGGAUAUUGGCAAAGCAGAGCAGAUUCUUACGGAUGAUUUUGAACAUUUCAAGGGCAUGCUUGCUGAACUCGCUUUAGAACCAACAUUAUAG